GGGGUGAGCCCCUCCUCCUUUUUGGCGGGCUCACGCCCAUUAAAAUGGCGUCCUACAGGGACCUUUAUGUGAAAUACUUGCCAGGCUUCAAGGAAGCCUUGAUGCUUAGGAGAGUAAGGAACUCCUUUGCAGCUUACCUUUACUCAGAAAGGCUUCUGAAGGAGAAGGAUAUGGAUAGAAUUCAUCAAGAGAGGGAAACAGAUGAGACUCUAGCUGUGCUGCUAAUCAAAAAGAUGGAGGCUAGAGUUGAUUCAGAUUUCAAAUGUAUUCUCAAUAUUAUGGAGAAACAUGAGGAGCUAAGGACUAUUCUAGAGGGAAUAAAGAAAGAUGUAUCUUACAAUGAAGAUGAAUCCAGUACUACUGAUGAGACAAGCAUAGUGAAACAUCAUCAGCUGAUGGUGAGAGAAAAGUCAAAAAGUCCAGUGAUAUUCAGUGUCAUUGUUGAUAAGCUGAACUCACUUCAGAGUGACUUCAGGAUGCUCCUAAUGUCUUCUUGGGAUGCUUUAGAUGGGAUGAGGAUAAAUAAUUUCAAAAUGAUUGUCAAAGACAUUUUGCAGGCUUCCUUGCUGAAUAGUCAGCCAUACAAAGAGAGCAUUGAUGCUUCAUCUUGUGUCAAUGAUAUUUUGAAUUUCCUUAAAGACAGACAUUUUAUCGGUUACUUUAACUAUGGGAUGCUCGAAGAACUCAUUAGAGUUUUUGUUAAAGAUAAGAAACACGAAAUCCAUGCUGAGUUAGAGUCUUAUAAACUAGAGCAUACGGAAUUUCUAAAAUCGACUAAAUUUUCGGACUUAUUUUUAGUAUUUGAAAACCAUCCUAACCUACGUCCUUUAACGCCAGUUGGACUUCCUAAAAUAAUUUUAAAACUUGUCAAUCCUUCAUCUCAAAAGACUGUAGGUGGCUGGUUCCAAUACAUGAAGGAUCGUUUCAAUUUUAUGGACUGCAUUUCUUUUAGUGAUGUGUCAGUUCAGUGCAUUCUAGUUACUCUUGUGGUGACUUGUACUUACUCCUAUGAGAAGAUAUGGGGGGUCUUUCAUAAUCCUAAGAUAGUUUCUGAGCUUCUUGCUGAUGGGAUUACUAUACUGGAUUGCAGUGAUCUAGAAAGACCGAUUAUGAUCAGAAGACAGAAGGUUUAUGGAGCUGUGGCUGCUGGAGACAUACCUCAUCUCUUGCAGUUAGUCAGAAAAGGAGUUGAUUUGAACAUAAAAUUCUUACCUCACACUCUACCACUAAACAACAGUCAAAGUUUGGUUCACUUAGCAGUUGAUUCAGGCUACCACUCCAUGCUCUGUGCUUUGAUUAGACUCAAAGUUGACGUGAACAUUGUCAAUCAGGAUGGAAAGACUGCUCUUUAUUAUGCCAUCAGAAAUGAUCGCAGUGACAUGGUAGAGACACUCAUACAACAUGGAGCUAGAGUUGAUGAGGAUGGUGCUACUCAUCUUCAUUUAUUGAUUGAAAAUCAUGAAAUUGACAGAAUGAAGGCUCUACUCAGUACAGGGACUGAUGCUAACGUUACUAAUAAGCUUGGUGACACUCCUCUUCAUUCUGCCAUCAAGAAAGGCAGUCUUGAGGCUGUGGAGACACUGCUUGAUCACAGAGUUGAUACAACAAUUGAGAAUAAGCAAGGAUGGACUCCACUCUACACAGCUGCUAUGGUGAAUGCUGUUGAUGCUUUUAAAUGUCUCCUUCAGUCUGGGUGUAGUCUUGAGACUGGAAAUAAGUUUGGCAGGAAUUAUCUUCAUUAUGCUGCAGCCAAUGGUCACAGUGUUGCAAUAAAUGUCCUUAUCAAUGAAGGAGCUCUCCCUGUGGACUCUACUGAUACCAAAGAUAACAAGACUCCACUUCAUUUGGCUGCUGAGACUGGUCAUGAAGAAACUGUGAGGUUACUAUUGAACAAUGAAGCAACUAUUGAUAUCGGAGACAAGGAUGGUAGAACUCCAUUGCACUAUGCUUCAGAUAAUGGUCAUUUGACUGUAGUUGAAACCUUAAUUUUGGAGUAUGGAGCUGAUGUUAAUGCUGUUGAUAAGGAGGGUUACACUCCCUUACAUUAUGCUUCAUCGUAUCACUUACAAGUUGUUGAGUUUCUCUUGGAGAAGGGAGCCAGUCCUGGAAGCAAAGGAUUGGAUGGUUGUACACCAUUGCAUAAAGCUGCUUGGGAUGGUAAUAAUGACAUUGUGAAGGCUCUUCUUGAGAAAGAUGUUUCUAUCAUAGAUGAAAAGGAAAAGGGUGGAUGGGCUGCUAUUAACAAUGCUGUAAUGAGAGGACAUCAUAAAGUUGUUGAAACACUGAUAGAAUAUGGAGCUGACUUUGGUGUAAAUGAUGAGGGUGAAUGGUCUCUCCUUCACAUUGCAGCUAGACGUGGUCGUGCUGAAGUAGCUGAAGUACUUAUUGACCAUAAACUUGAUGUUAAUAUUAAAGAUAAGAGUGGCUGGAGAGCUUUUGAUGUUGCAUUAACUCAAGCUCAUCCUAAAGUUGUAGAGACAAUGCUUAAACAUGGAGCUAGUGUUAAUAUUAGAGAUUCUGAUGAAGGAAAGAUAGCUCUUCAUAUUGCAGUUGAUAGCAUUCAGAAACCACAACGUCAUGAAGUUGUGAAGUUACUCCUUGAGCAUAAAGGGGUUGAUCCUAAUAUACCUGAUGAUACUGGUUCUACUCCUCUUCACUAUGCUGUUAAUCGUGGCUAUUCAAAAAUCGUACAUCUUCUAUUGGAGUAUAAAGCUGAUCCUUACAUAAAAGAUGAAAACGAUCUCACGCCACUUGAUGCUGCUCAAGAUGAUGAGGAGCUCAUGGCCAUUUUUAAAGAGUUUGGCUACAAUCAGUAACUGAUAUUAAUGAUAUUUUAUAGCACACUUUCCCAAUUAUUCUUUUAUAUUAUACAUUGUAAUUUUUCCAGUCCAUCAAAUGAUAAAUUGUAAAA